AUGUUCGUUUUCUUGCCACCGCGGUAUGGCGUGCACAUUAUGCGGGAGCGUCGAAGCAGCGUGUUAAAGGGCAUUAUUGUCAGACAUAGUCCGAUGAUCCGCAUUCUACCGCGCAGGGUAGACGAUGUCUCGGCCAAAUCGAGUAUUGGAUUGUCUGCGUCCUGCUUGCCACGGGACGUGACUGUCAUCAAGAGAUACGUGGAAGAAUUGCGAACUGAAAGCUGUACAGACGUCUGUUUGAUGGGGAACGAGAGCGCGAGCAGGACUUCCAGACGAAGCUUCACGUCUGCUGUCAAUGCCGUGAGACGGUGCAUCCAAGAGAGCCAUCGUAGCUCCACGACACAACCGACGAGCGCCUGA